AUGUCGCGGUUACGCACAUUUGUACAGAAUGGGAGUUCAGUGAAGAAGAUGGAUGUUAAAAAAACGAAAAUGGAAGACUCAAAAACCGAAAUUCCCCUGAAUGACUGUAUGGUUGGCGGUUGUAGGGAGUCAACAACUACUUCUGAGAGGCUCAUCUGUGACGGUUAUAAAUGGGAUGAGAAGACACGGUGUGGCGCACCACCAGACAUGGAUGAAUUGUGGGAGGGUAAAGAGAACGGUCUGAGAUUUGAGUUGAAUUACCGCAGAACAAAUGUGUUACCAGAGAAUAUGGAGGGUGACGAAACUGAAGAGGGUGUUGUGAUUGACAAGAGUAUCUUCCUUGAUGAUGACAGUAACCAGGUUCUUCCUGUGGAAAAGUUCUUUGGAAACAUGGAAGUUGUACAGGAUUGUCCACAGAGAUCUGCAGCCUCCUCGAACUUCAGCAGGAGGGAGCACCGGAGACAACAGUACUACGCCAAAGAGGACAGUGAAGAAGAAGAGGGCUACACUGACAUGCAGCAAGAGGACAUAGGUGGCACUUAGUUUAUAGAAGUAACUAAAUCCUAUCAAUGGGAUGGAUUAAAAUCUCCUUUUACUAGCCUAAUGGCAGACGAGCCUGGGAAAGUGGAUUUGUUCAAUGGAACGAGGGUAUCAAGUUAACUUUUUGCCAGCAUGUACCCCAAAGUUUUUAAAUUUGUAUUGAUAUUUAAAAAGCUAUUUGCACUAACAAAGUAACUUCUUGCUUUUCAAUUAUCAGGACCUAUAGUUUAUAGUGUGUAUAUAUUGUUUAAUUGGUACAGGGUAAGCACUCGUUAUAUUUUUAUUGAAUGUGUCUUUUAGUAAGUUACUGGUUGCCUUGUCAGUAUGUAUGCACAGUAAUAUCUUUUUAUUUGGCGUUUUUAUAUUGCUAUGUAGUAGCACGACUGAAUGAAUGAAACAUAUAAAUCUUGUAGUCUUUAGGCAGGUUUCCAUUGACCCGGGUUUAUUAGACAAAAGCAAUGUAGCGACAAAAAAUGGGGAUGUGUAAUGGAAACGGCAGAAAUAGGAAACACUUUCUGAAGACAUUUAUAAAUUCUAUAUAUAUGAUAUACAUUUAUAAGUCAUAUAAAUUACAACAUUUCUAUCUGUUCCGACAGGUGGGAUUUUCCUUCAAACUUUCUUUGUGACAAAUGAUGGAAAUGGUGUUUUUGGAAUAAAUGAUUGCAGAAUA